AUGGAGGUGAAACAUCUCUCAGCCAUCGCCAACGACGUCGUUCGCCAAUGUGCACAGAAGCUAGAUACAUCUGUUGAUGCACUAGUGGCUGAAAGUGAGGGUGGUGGAUAUGAGGCUGAUGUGAAGGUAUAUUCAAGGAAGAUAGUGGAAGUUUGCUGCUCCAAGGCACUCACUGGAAUAUUCAGUUACCCUGAUAAUUGUAUUCUUGAUGAUUCUUUUAGCCGCUUCACAUUCAACAUGAUGCUUGCUUGGGAGAUGCCUAGCUUAGAACAUGAAGGCCUCUAUGCAGAGAGUUUGGUUAAAGAAUUAGAAGAUACUAACAAAGAGGCUAUAAAGAUGAGUCAUGAACAUGAUGACAUUGCUUUGUUCUAUUCAGAUAUCAUGCCACUCCUUGUUGAUGACAGUUCCUGUGUUGGAGAAGAUUCAUUUGUUUGGCUUGCAGCACUUGUACCAGUAGUAGCUGAUGUUGUUAAUGCGAGAUCUACUUUUGAGAUUUUGACAGCCUCUACUGGCAGUCGGCUCCAUUUUCCAGCUUACGACGUGUUCUUGAAAGAGAUUGACAAAUGCGUAAGGCAUUUACAAAAACAGGUGGUACCAACGGGGAUGGAGCUCGUGGAUGAUGAGUUUAUACUACACGUUGAAGGAACUGCAACCUCGCAGAGGGUUGUGCGCCAUAUAGGAGGAACAAGUUGGCCUGGUAGGCUAACAUUAACAAACUAUGCUCUCUACUUUGAGGCAUCUGGAAUCUUGUCUUAUGAAGAUGCUCUUAAGCUUGACCUUUCGAAGGACGUUCAAAAGAGUGUGAAACCAACUGUAACAGGACCAUGGGGUGCUCCGCUUUUUGACAAGGCUAUAGUGUAUCAAUCUUCUGAGAUGCAAGAAGGUGUUGUCCUAGAGUUUCCAGAAAUGACAAGCUCCACAAGACGUGACCACUGGCUUGCUCUCAUAAAGGAGAUUAUGUUGCUGCACCAGUUCUUAUUAAUGUUCAAUAUUAAAUCGCCGGUCCAAUCAUGGGGAAUGCAUGCUAGGACAAUAUUAGGAAUUAUAAGGCUUCACGCGGCAAGGGAAAUGCUCAGGCUUUCACCCCCAAUUCCCAAGAGUUUCUUAAUCUUAGACUUGAUUGAUGAGCUGCCCAAGGGUGAACAUUUACUUCAAGAGCUCUGUGAAAGUUUGAAGAAGACCGAUACUAGGCAUCCGUGUAGUUCCAGCUCAAUCUUGAGGACCAUAAAUGUUCCCCAACUCUCUGUACCUGCUACUGAGGUGAAAGAAAUUGACAAUAAGGGCACCCUACUUGUUCAAUCUCAAAAUGCCUCGCCACUGGCGAGUGCAAUUGAGCAAUCGCGGGAGGAAGAGAAAGAAAUAGACAUGGCUAAAGCUACUGCUCGGGAAGUAAAAGAAGAAGGACUCGGAGACAGCUUCCAGGUUUUUAUAUGUCUUCUCCAGCCACUUAGAGAUUUAAAGCUACGAGUUUGGAAAAUUUUUACAUGGGAAAGACCAGUAACCACUUCUAUUGUUGCUGUAACAACCCUCCUAGUUAUUUACAAAGAGUGGGUGGGCAAGGCAAUUUCAGCUUUCUUAUUGUGGAUGGUUGCUACAAUGUUGAUGGCAAGACGAAGUAGGAAUCCAUACAAGAACAACAAGGUAGUUGUUUAUACUGAACCUCAAACGACAAUGCAAUGCAUUGUGUCACUACAACAGGGAAUAAGAACUGUGUAUGACAUGAUUCAAUGUUUGAACGUCAUAAUAUUGAAAAUCUGGUCAGUUAUGGUUUCGCACACUCCUAAGCAUGCAUACGUUGUAAUGAUCGCUAUGACCAUCGCUGCAAUUGUGCUGGCACUGAUUCCAUUCAAGUUUGUCCUCAUGGCCCUUACGUUGUACAGUUUCAUGGCAACGUUGAUGGUGGCGAAAGAAAGGCAAAACCAAAGGGGGAACAGGCGGCUGCAGGAAUGGUGGGACUCUAUACCGGUAAUACCUGUUGAACUUGUCCAAGAUAAGGCAAUGGAGACUUCAAUUUUGAAUGAUUUAGAUUGGUAUUGA